UGCCAGCCACUCAUUUCGCCUCCCCAGGAACAAUCGCUUUUGCUAAGAGAUUUAAUUCCAGAGCUUUCCUAAGCAGUCACGGGAAAACAUUGGUUUUUUGCUAAUGUUUUUAGACAAAUGGGACCGUACUAGACAUUAUUGUCUUGUAACUGCUUUUUUUCAGCAUAUAAUAACAUGCACGAGAUAGCUUGCCACAUACACCUUUUAAUAGCCAUAUGAUAUUCCACUCAGUAGAGACGUGUGAAGAGAUCUUAACUAGCCUCCUUCUUUGGACAUUUAGGAGCAGUAUCUGAGAAAUAAUGAUAGUUCACAAAACGAUCUGAUGAAUAAACAUUUUUGUACGCAAGCUCCCGCUCGAAUACGAUAAAUUCUAUGGUGGCAAAAAUUUCACCUGCUUUGUUUACUGAUGAACCUCCAGCAUUUGGUUCGCUGCCUGACAUGUAGCAGGUGCCCAGUAAGUGUUUAUUGAGUGAAUAUAUCUUCGUGUGUAUAUGUAUCUAUACAAGUAUUCAAAUGUUAUGUGUAUGUUGACCACUGCCCCUCCAAAAUUAUUGCUUCACUAUCUAUACUCUGUUUUGUUCUGUUUGGUUUUGGUCUGCUGGGGAUAUCUUAAGAGCUCAGUGUCAUGGAAAUAGUGAGUGACUGUGUAUGUUUCCCAUUGCUGCUGUAAGUAGCUGCCAUGAAUUUCGUGGCCGGAAACAACAUAAAUUCAUUCUCUCCUCGUUCUGGAGGGCAGAAGUCUAUAGUAUAGGUUAGCAAGGCUGCAUGCUCCUUAAGAAGGUUUUAGGAUAGAAUUCAUUUCCUUGCCUUUUCUGGCUUUUAAAGCUUGCAUUCCUUGGCUCAUGGUCUCUUCCACAUCAUUCCAACACCUGCUUUCACUGUCAAAUCCUUUUCUCCGAUUCUGGCCCUCCUGCCUCCCUCCUUCCCUUCCCUGGAUGCUUGUAAUUUACACUGGCCCCACCUGGAUAAUCCCAGAUAAUCUUCUCGUUUUGAAAUCACAUCUGCAGAGUCCCGUUUGCCACAGAAGGGAACAUAUUUGCAGGUCCCAGGGAUUAGGACUUGGACAUCUUUCGGGAGCCAUUAUUCUGCACACCACAGCAUGGGAAUCAGGUUUGAACUUCAGCACUGCCUCAUCCGCAUGCACACCCUAAAUACGUGGUGCGUUCCUGCUUGCCACGUCCUGAACUAAGUCUAAGCAAUACACUAACUCACUCCGUGGUCUUGGCCAAGUUGUAUAACUUCCCUGAAGCUCCAUCGGUCACUUUCAGAAUUGGAGAGAUUAAUAUUUGUUUCACAGGAAAUUCUGCCUGUCGAAAAUUGCAGGCAAACCUUCCCAUUCAGGAAAUUAUUACACGUUGUUUUAAUCUUGACAAAAUGUGAGUAAAAUCCUGGUUAAGCCGUAACGAGAUAGAGAAACAGAUCCUCUUGCACCUGCUGAUGUGAAUGUAGAUUGGUACAGGCUUUCUAGAGGGCAAUGUGGCACUAUGAAUGUAACGAAAAGCCUUAUGUUGGUUCUCUUUAUCCCACUAAUUAUCCAUUCUAAGUAUAUCUUAGGAGCAUGGUUGAAUUUAUGUGCAAAAAUGUUCAGUGAAAUAUUAUUUAUAAUAGGGGGUGAUGGUGGAAACAAACUAAAUGUCCAUUAAUCAGGGCUUAGAUAAAUAAGUGUGGGAUAUCCUCAUUACAGAAAUAUUAUCAGCCAUGUAAAAGGAUUUUGUAGAAUACUAAAUAGUAUGCUCGAGGUUUGUCACAUAUCAGUGACAAACUUGGAAACCCGCCUCACUUACUAUCUCACAUCGGUAAAAGAAUUGUGCGGUGAGAAGGGAAAAAAAAACCUGAAAAUACACAUUUCAUAGUAUUACAGUGACUAUUUCUGGGUAAUGGAAUAACGGUUGAUUUUCAUUUUCUAAUAAUUAAGUUGGGGGGAAAGGAAUGUCCACAUAGAACAAUUCCUUUGGUUGGAUUAUCAGGCGGUCCUUGUGUGGAACAAAAACUUCCGAAGGUGUCCCUCUAGUGGAAGAAAGGAUGCGGCGGCUGGGGGGACACCCGGGAGCGACUUUUUAAGAAACAGAUUAUUAUUGCAUUCAAGACAUUUCGAGAGAAACAAGGGCCUGAAAGUAGUAAACUAUUCUGCUCAUUCCAAAAAUAAAAAAUGUUUACAGGGAGACAGAGGCCAACUGCAAAAGUAAAACUGAAACCUCACCGUGGCAAAGAGGGCCACUAAUUCUAGGCGCGCUUGGACAACUGACAGCUUUUUCAUUGCCGAGGUUGGGGAACUAAACUCCUUGGGUUUAAUUCUCCUCUCCUUGCUUUGGGGUAGCUUGGGUUCUAGUUGCAGAUCCAGGCCGCCCCACCCUCCGAUCGAAGGGACAAGGCAAGACGCAGUCCCUAAAGGCCGUGGGCUGGAGUCUGAGGUCUGGAGCGGACACCUGUCAGGAGCGCGCAAGCACCAAGUUGCUGGGGAACUCUACGAAUCUUCGGCUCCACUCGGCUCCUCUUCGGCUAAGUUCGGUCAGCUCUCCUCGCGGCUUCGGCUCCUCCUCAGCUGAGUGCGGCUGACUCUCGACCUGUCGGGCUCGGCUCCCUUCGGCUUCCUUCGACCGACGUUCGUCUCCCGCUCGGCUCUGUUCGGCUGAGCUCGUCUCCCGCUCGGUUCUGUUCGCCUGAGCUCGGCUCCCGCUCGGCUCUCUUCGGCUGAGCUCGGCUCCCGCUCGGCUCUGUUCGUCUGGGCUCGGCUCCCGCUCGGUUCUGUUCGCCUGAGCUCGGCUCCCGCUCGGCUCUCUUCGGCUGAGCUCGGCCGCGGCCCCGGAAGGGCGCCCAUGGAGCCGGUACCGCCGGCUCGGCCGACCGCUAUGGCGCCGCUGCUGGAGUAUGAGCGGCAGCUGGUGCUGGAACUACUGGACGCGGACGGGCUGGUAGUGUGCGCCCGCGGGCUCGGCGCGGAUCGGCUCCUCUACCACUUCCUCCGGCUGCACUGCCACCCCGCGUGCCUAGUGCUGGUGCUCAACACGCAGCCGGCCGAGGAGGAGUAUUUUAUCAGUCAGCUGAAGAUUGAAGGAGUGGAACACCUCCCUCGUCGGGUAACAAAUGAAAUCACAAGUAACAGUCGCUACGAGGUCUACACCCAAGGAGGUGUGAUAUUUGCAACAAGUCGGAUACUUGUGGUCGACUUCUUGACUAAUAGAAUACCUUCAGAUUUAAUCACUGGCAUCUUGGUGUAUAGAGCGCACAGGAUAAUCGAGUCUUGUCAAGAAGCGUUCAUCUUGCGUCUGUUUCGCCAGAAAAACAAGCGUGGUUUUAUUAAAGCUUUCACAGACAAUGCUGUCGCCUUUGACACUGGUUUUUGUCACGUGGAAAGAGUGAUGCGAAAUCUUUUCGUAGGGAAGCUGUAUCUGUGGCCAAGGUUCCAUGUAGCAGUAAACUCAUUCUUAGAACAGCACAAACCUGAAGUUGUAGAAAUUCACGUUUCUAUGACGCCUGCCAUGCUCGCCAUACAGACUGCCAUCCUGGACAUCCUAAAUGCGUGUCUGAAAGAACUGAAAUGCCACAACCCAUCGCUCGAAGUUGAAGAUUUGUCUUUAGAAAAUGCUAUUGGAAAACCGUUUGACAAGACGAUCCGCCAUUAUCUGGAUCCCUUGUGGCACCAGCUUGGAGCCAAGACUAAGUCCUUGGUUCAGGAUUUGAAGAUAUUACGAACUUUGCUGCAGUAUCUCUCUCAGUAUGAUUGUAUCACAUUCCUUAAUCUUCUGGAAUCUCUGAGAGCGACAGAGAAGGCUUUUGGUCAGAAUUCAGGUUGGCUCUUUCUUGACUCCAGCACCUCGAUGUUUGUUAAUGCUCGAGCAAGGGUUUAUCAUCUUCCAGAUGCCAAAAUGAACAAAAAAGGCAAAGUGUCUGAAAAAACGGAAAUUGAACAAGUGCAAGAAACAAAAAAGGAAUUGGUGCUAGAAAGCAACCCGAAGUGGGAAGCUCUGACCGAAGUACUGAAAGAAAUUGAGGCGGAAAAUAAGGAAAGUGAAGCCCUUGGGGGUCCAGGUCAGGUACUGAUUUGUGCAAGUGAUGAGCGAACGUGUUCCCAACUGAGAGAGUAUAUCACGAUCGGAGCAGAGGCCUUCUUGUUGAGGCUCUACAGGAAGACCUUUGAGAGGGACAGCAAAGCCGAGGACGUGUGGGUGCAAUUUAGAAAUGAGGACAGUGCAAAGAGAAUGGCGAAAUCUCACAAAAGGCCUAAAGACCCCCACAGCAAACAGAGGGCUGCCCCCAAAGAAAGGACUCUCAAGAAGAAGAAGCGGCGGUUAACUUUAACACAGAUGAUAGGAAAGCCUGAAGAACCGGAAGAGGAAGGGGAUGCCAAGGAAGGCUGUCCUGGAGACACGGGCAGUAGCCCAGACAGUUCCUUAGAAGAAAUCAAGCACGAGGAAUUUGACUUAAACUUGUCAUCCGAUGCCGCUUAUGGAAUACUGAAAGACCCGCUCACCAUCAUCCACCCGCUCUUGGGCUGCAGUGACCCCUAUGCUCUGACAAGGGUGCUGCAUGAGGUGGAACCGAGAUACGUGGUUCUGUACGACGCCGAGCUAACGUUUGUUCGCCAGCUUGAGAUUUACCGGGCGAGUAGGCCCGGGAAGCCUCUGAGGGUUUACUUUCUUAUAUACGGAGGCUCAACAGAAGAACAGCGCUAUCUCACUGCUUUGCGGAAAGAAAAGGAAGCUUUUGAAAAACUCAUAAGGGAGAAGGCUAGCAUGGUUGUGCCUGAAGGGAGGGAAGGGAGAGAUGAGGGGAACCUGGACCUGGUGAGAGGCUCCGCGUCCACAGGCUCGCCCACCGACACGCGGAAAGCAGGUGGCCAGGAGCAGAACGGUACACAGCAAAGUAUAGUUGUGGAUAUGCGUGAGUUCCGCAGCGAACUCCCAUCCCUGAUCCACCGUCGGGGCAUUGACAUUGAACCGGUGACGCUGGAGGUCGGAGACUACAUUCUGACUCCAGAAAUGUGCGUGGAGCGCAAGAGCAUCAGUGAUUUGAUUGGCUCUUUAAACAACGGCCGCCUCUACGGCCAGUGUAUCUCCAUGUCCCGCUACUACAAGCGCCCAGUGCUCCUGAUCGAGUUCGACCCCAGCAAGCCCUUCUCGCUCACUUCCCGAGGUGCCUUCCACCAGGAGAUCUCCGGCAAUGACGUCAGUUCCAAGCUCACCCUCCUCACGCUUCACUUCCCCAGACUCCGGCUUCUCUGGUGCCCCUCCCCCCACGCCACCGCCGAGCUGUUCGAGGAGCUGAAACAGAACAAGCCGCAGCCCGACGCAGCCACGGCCAUGGCCGUCACGGCGGAUUCGGAAACCCUCCCAGAGUCAGAAAAGUAUAAUCCGGGUCCCCAGGACUUCUUGUUGAAAAUGCCAGGGGUAAAUGCCAAAAACUGUCGCGCCUUGAUGCACCACGUCAAGAACAUCGCAGAGCUGGCCAGCCUGUCGCAAGACAAGCUGGCGGGUAUUUUGGGCAACGCCUCGAACGCGAAGCAGCUCUAUGACUUCAUCCACACCCCUUAUGCCGAGUUUGUGUGUAAAGGCAAAAUGAGAAAGUGAACGAGGGCGGCCGUUUUCUUAUCCCGUGACUGUGAUUUGCAGCCACCCUGUACCGGAAUGAACAGACCGAGAUGAAUCACGAGCUGAGAACUCCGCUCUCUUCAGCACCCAGCGACCGCGCAGUCCGCUUCUGGGGUCAGCGGACCACAAGCCCAGAUGCCCCUCUGGACUUUGUGUUUAGGCACUGAUUUUAGCCUUCCCAUGCCGGCCCGCCUCCCUCCCUGAGCCGUCAGGGCCAGAGGCAGCGUGUCCCGCUCUUCGGUCAGGAGUCAGAAUCAGGUGAGGCGUCUUGUGGGGGCUUAUAGGAGGCCGCUCUUGACGCAAGCAGCAAUUUAUGUUUCCCACGCAGGCCGAUAAGACACACCAUCAUGUCCCUCCCCUCUUUGUCCAGGACGGGCCCCCGGAACGCCGAGAAGGAACCUUGUCUGCCAUUCCUUGCCAGUUCUCACCCUCUUUUCCGCAAAUGCGCGCUUCCCCCUUUAAGAAAAACCCACGGGGACUUCCUCGUACUGACGUAAGACGUAAGAUGGCGCCCCGUGAAACUGGCUGGUUCCUCAUCCCCCAAAUGUGUGUGACGCGUACCAGAGCUCGAUUGUGCAAAGCCAGCAGCUUUUAAACGUGAGAUGAAUUGUUCCCUGUUUCCAGAAUUUGAUGGUGAAGGAGCGCUGAGGACGCGCCAUCGUGCAGACCUCUCACCUCCUGAGUCUCCGAGAUCUCUAAGCCCAAAGGGCUCGUUAGAGUCUCUUAAGACUUCCUCUUCCCCCCCCAAGCCUCUCCCCACACGCCUGAGACCACCAGCGCCAGAUCCUCUCCACAUGCAGCGUCAGCCCACCCUCUGCUCCCCGCUUCGUGUCCCUGGGCCAGCGUGCUCGCUGGCGUCUGUGUGAGGACUCAGGGACAAGCAAACGGGUGGCCCCCCGAGUCUUUAAGAUCGGGUUUUCCUUCUUGGAGUGGAGAUGAAAGAAGUACAAGUAAAUGGAAGAUCAGCGCAUAGAAUAUCUAAGAAUUCUAGAGAAAUUUACACACUUAAAAAUUCACAAAGCCAUCUCCUUCUCAAACCUUCCGAUUGAGUGAGGUUAGCUUUUUACUGAGGUGCACAUACAGGACAUUCAUAGCAUCUUUGUGCAGUUUUUAAACUUUUCUAUUUCAGCUUUACUAAGGUAUUAUUCACACAUCUAGUAACGAGUAGUAAAUUUUCUACCUCAAGAGCUGAUGCGGACGUAGACAGCAGUGCCGCCAGCCACACCGCGCAGUUUCGCGUUUUCCGCGUCGGCCAUGUUUUCGUUUGUCACAGUGUUUGAACUCAGAGUGGACGCGGGAGCACAGAACAGAGAGCGGUCUUAGCCUCCACAGACGUUCUUUCCACCGGCCUUUCCACUCAUAUUGACGUCUUGAUCCCUCCAUAUGUUAACACUUGUUGAUAAGGUUAAAGCAGACGUGGAUUUCCAACGCUCUGCCAGGGUAGGACAAGAAUGAAUUGAGAGAUAUCAAGGAACCGUGUCGUUACCCGGAACUGUGUACAGUGAUCUGAGGAAUGGAGAAGACGACAGGAAACAAAAAUUAGUUUAAGGUAGAAUAAAUAGUUGGGCUACUCAUUUUUUCCCCCCAGAGUUAAAAAUACACCCUUGAGGGCCACCUGGGUGGCUCAUUUGGUUAAGCGAUCGACUUUGACUCAGGUCAUGAUCUCGGGGUCCUUGAG